AUGGACCGGGCCGUCAGGGAGCGGCUGCUGGCAGCGGAGAGCCGCCGAGAUGUUCAGGCUUUGAAGAAUGCUUAUGAGUUGAUCAAAUCAGCCAGUCAAGGAAAAUCUGCACUUGACUCAUCAGAUAACUUCAGCACCGACUUAUAUGUUUUAUGUGCUGAGCAAGCAUUUCAGCUGGGAUAUCUGGAAAUAAGCAGCGACUGUCUACAGAUGUAUUUUAAAGGAAGAUUUCCUGUGAACCAGUUUCUUGGCAGAGCAUAUUUGUGCCAAGGCCAGUUGCACACUCCACUCUCUACAGAAAAUUUGGAAGAGUUUGAAAAGUUUGUGCUGUUUUUUAUGAAAGCAAUAGAUUUUGCCACCCAUGAUCGAAGAUAUUAUUUUUUGAUAUAUAAUGCCUCAGUUCUUUAUUGGCAACUUGUGAGGCCAUGUCUUAAGCCUGGAUUCCGCUAUCAUCUUAUUCCCAGCCUUUCGCAGAUUGUUAAAGCGUUAAACCAAACUGAAGAGCAAGACAAAGAAUGGAGAGCAGAACUCAUGAUAAAUUUACUUGAGUGCUUCCUCGAUGCUUCAAAACUGAAAGAAGCAAAAGAGUUUUCAUCUACUGCAGCAACCUUUAUUAAGGAAAAUGUUCCAGACAAAUACUCUCAAAUAUUUUCUCUAAUGGUGUAUCACAAACUAAUGGAUAUUUCCCAGGUAGAGAAGGAAGUACAAAAUUCCAUCCAUUUUUCAGUUAUUUAUAAAAUGCAGAUGUUAAAAUUGAUUCCCUUGAUUCUGGAAUUAGCUCGUUUUUCUAUGAAAGUAAACUGCAUUAAGCUUGCAUAUGAUUGUAUACUUGAUUUGAAGAGCGCUGGGAUUACUGAGCAGGGGAAACUUAUUGAAAUAAAAUGCCUGGAAUGUGAAUAUGAAAUAAAAAAAAAUGGCACUAAAUUUGUGGCUUAUACCAAAGGAGUUGUUGAGGCUCAGCUGGAAUUGAUAAAAAAUCUUGACUUAACCUUAAAACAUGCAGUUCAACUGGGAGAUCCUGAUGUGAUUCAGGUUGUUUGUACAACCCAGUGGAAUCUGUGCUUACCACUACUACAACACAAUUUGCAUCAACAUGUGCGAAAGCCAUUGAUAUCAGUUGCUGAUGUUCUUGAAGAGAUUGACAGCAUGUUGAUUUUGUUGCGUUGCCAAGUUCAUAUGGAAAUAGCUCGUAUUGAAGAAGGUGGGGAUAGAAUAGAGGCUGCUGUGGAACAUUUGCAAAAAGCUAUACAUCUGAACAACAGUGGGCAGUAUCAAGAACAUCUACGAUUGACUUUUAACCGUCUUCGUUUGUGCGCUAUGCUGUAUAAGUCACCUGAGCGUCCAGAGGAUCGGGCAGUAAUGAUGAUUGAACAGGCUAAAAGGGUAAAACAGAAGGAAAAUGUGAGGAAAAAGAGGUCCCUUCUGGUAAAUGCAGGUCUUGCACUAGCUCCUGAUUCAUUUCAAAUAGUCCUUGACAGUGAAAAUGAAGCUAAAGUUUCCUCAGGUAAAAGUAGGAGUCAAAUAAGCUACCUCUGUGCAAAAGCACAACAUCAUAUUAAAAGCGUGGAGAAAGUUGUUGAACAUUUGAAACACUUAAGAAAUGAAAAUGACAGAGAGAGAAUUGUACUUUGGGCAGAUUUGGCAAAAGUUGCACGUAAACAAGAAGUAUGGGAUGUCUGCCGCGCAGCAUGCAGAUUUUGUCUCUUGCAUGAUGAUACUUUGUUUAGGAAGGUAGCAAAACCUAAAAAAACACAGAAGAAGAGAGCUAGUACAACUAUGAUGGAUGAUGAUCAAGGUGACAGCUUACCAGGAGGAUCAUUACUACCUGCUAAAUCCUUCUCUUUUGAAAGAGAUUUACUUAGAAUAUUAGCAGAAAUAAGAUUCAUUAAUGCAGAGGCAACUGUUCAUUUAUUAAGAUUGCAGGGUAUUGAACUGAAUGAUCAUGCUGUACCCCCAGAAGAUAAAAGCCAGUAUCGUCCAGGAUAUGUUUCAUAUUUUCCUGAAGGUGAUCCAGAAUGGAAAACAUACAGUUUAUGGAUAGACUCCUUAUCUCAGUAUGCUAUGGAAAACUUCCAACGUGCAGCCAAAAUAGGAGAAGAAUUGAAUGAAGCCUGGAUUGUUCAUAAUGCUGUGGUGUAUAUCUUAAACUACAAUAGACAUCUUAUCUCUUCAGGAAGACAGAGGGAAAUUAUUGAGUAUCUGCAGACUCUUCUUGAAGCCGUCAAGACUGUUGGGCACAAUGGAAGUACUGCGAUUUUAUUGAUGCUAUGUAAUGCUUUGGCUCGGGGCUUAAUUCUUUGUUGGAUUCCAAAGCCAAAACUUGCUGAGAAGAAAAAAAAAGAUACUUUUUCAGUAGAUCCCAGUGGACUUCCUGAUAUCAAAGCUGCCUUAGAGAUUUGUGAAUUUGCCCUCAAUGUGACAACUGGAACCAUACCUAAUGAAACAGUACCUAUUGCUGCACAACAACAGAUCAUUGCUACAUGGGUGAAAGCAAAACAGUUAAAUCAGCAGCAGAUUGGACAUAAACUUGGGACUGAGGAAGAGAAUAAUGAUGGAACACAAAAUCCUACAACAAGAAUUCUUGUUGGUCUAGAAAUGUAUUCGUGUAAUGGCUUGGGUCUCAUGGAUUUCACUGUUCCCAGCUUAUCUCAGUUAGUGAAAUUGGCUUUAGAAUGCAGUUGGUCAGAUUCCUUAGUGGAGUUGCAGACACUGACACGGCUUACAUAUUUUGCAUAUGUAUCACAUGACUAUGAAAUAGUGAUGACUUGUUCCAAAAGGAUCUUGCAAUCAGAUGAGAAUUUUUUCAACAAUAGAGAUGCUAAAGAAUAUGAAAUAGUGAGACAAGAAAUGUUAAGCACUACUGCCUGUAUACAAGGAAAGAGUAUAAUGGAAAAUUUGUCUGGAAGAAAACAUCUGCAUGUAGCAGCAUCAAAAGCCUUUGUUCAGAGUGCCAGGUAUGCAGGUGAAGCCGGAAAUUAUUCCCUUGUAAUGUUUGCAGCUAGACACUUUUGGAAUGCAUGUUUACCUUUGCUAAGUUCUCCACAUGACAGAGAGCAGUUUAAAGAACCUACUGAAAUAAUUCUUAAGAAUAUAAUUAAAGCAGAAUCUAAAAAUAAACAGGAGAAGAAAGAUACGUUGCCUUUGCAUCAGUGGAUUACAAAGGAUUUUCAAAGUAUUGGGUUAUCAGUUGGAUGCUUUCUCCCAGGUGCUGAGGAAGACCUGACAUUAAGAACCUCCUUAUAUGGGUUAUUAUUCCACAUAUAUGCUGAUAAAGCUGAUUGGGAAACAGCACUAAAAGUCCUGGAUGAAGCUAUUCAAGUUUUGCCUCAAACAAGACACAGGCUCUUGAUUUUUAAACAUAUGGCUACAGUGAAGGCAGGAUUGGGAUGCAAUUUUAUGAUGGACAUUCAGAAAUUCAGAGAUGAAAGUGAAGAUUAUUUGUCGCAUAUGUGGCGUCAUUUGGUAACAGUCUCCAGGAGUAUUGCUGGACAGUUAAGCUGUUUUCAAAAUGCAAUCACUGCUUUACAGAAACAAGAAAAUGAAUGGCAGAAAGUUGAUUAUCUCAUGGAAUUUGCUGAAUGGUUAUAUUGUAACCAGUUUCCCCUCAAUGAUGUUAUUAAACCUCUGGACUCGGUGGUAGAUCUCUUGCUACAUACGAAAUUUUCUGUGCAAUCCUCACAAGAAGAAGAAAAUUUGAAGAUAGACAUUGGAGCAAAUGAUACCAUGCCCCCAAUUAAUUUGGAAGAUUUGAGUAAUAUUAAACAAUUGGAAGCUUUGUUUAGAGCACAGACAUUAAUGGCUUUAAUUUCUGGUCCUACUUCUCCUUUUCAUCAGCAGCACUGUUUGAUGGCAUAUGCUUGUAUCGUCCGUAUCUGGCAGGUUGAAGUUUCUGUUGUGAAAGAGAAGGCUAAAGGGAAAGGAUCAUUUGAUACCUUACCAGCAAAUGUGGAAGAAUGGGCUCAUUAUGACUGUCCCAAUGAAAUCAGAGAUAUUUUUAAACAGCAAUCAAAUAGUUACGAGCUACAGAAAAUUUUUUGCCCCCACUUGAUUCUUCCCAUCUUUCAGCUAGCUGAAGUUAUUGCUAAUGAAGUUGUGGAAUGUAGAAGUCUGUCUGAUCUCUAUCACCUUCGAAUUGCUGUCAUAUGUUCAGACCUAAAACUGAGUCAGGCAUCUUUGUAUCAUGAGAAAGCUGCUGGAGAACGAUACAUUAGUGAAUUAGAACAAGCAAUGUGUAGGCAAGAGAUUACACUGAGAAAAGAAAAAGUUUUUGAGUUAAACGCGGUAACAGGAAAAGGACUGAGUGCACUUUCUUUCCCUUACUUGUGGAUAGAAAAAGCUGAAGUACUAAUUCAGCUAGGCUUGUACCAACCAGCAAGACUUCUGCUUUCAGAGGCCCAUGCUGCAGCUCAGGAAUUGAGGGCCCUGUAUGAUGUGUCAAGGUGCUUGUACUUGCUUGCUGUAUUGGCUAACCUGGAAAGAAACCACGGACAAGCUAAAGCACUCCUUGAGAAAGCACAGCUUCUAGGAGGAAAUGAACAGUUUUGGUACAACAGUACUCUUAGUCUAAUAGAAGCAGUUUUAGAGGAAGAGCAGGAAGGAAAACAGAGUAUGGCCAAGCAGGAAAGAAACACAGAAGAAAAACAUAGUCACUAUCUAAAUGCUUAUGACUUAGCUCAGAGGGCAGUGUCCAAAACAGAGGAAGUGUUUCAUAAUGUUUGUAGCUUAUUUGCAGUUAAUGAGACUACAAAUAUUAGUAUCCCAUUAAUGAGGCAACUAGCUAACAGGAAAAUAAAUCUUGUAGAAAUUCUUUUGGAUAUUUUUCAUCUUGUUAUUACUGAGAAAAAGCUUAAAAGAGUGGGAGAAGCAUCGUCUCAUAAAAUUGUGGAGGCAUUCAUCAGGGGAGCUACUGAAGAUGAUGCAACAGAACAGUUAGCAAACGUACAGAAUCUUUGUAAAGGCUGUCCUGACAUAAAAUCCAAAUGCCUAUAUCUCACUGGAAAAACUCUUCAUUUACUUGCCAUUGAUGUUGAUCCUGUACAUUCAGAGAUUUACUGGAAGCCAAAUGUUAUGAAGGAACAUAGGUUGGCUCAGAAAUAUCUUUCUCAAUCCAGUGAAGCUUUGCUACUGUGUAUGGGUAUUGGAUUCAGCCAUAAUAUUACUGAUGUAUUGGCUCCUGCUAGUUUUGAAAUGGUUGAAUGCUUUCGACAAUUUGAUCCAGUUUCAACUAGCCAGUUUCUGGCACUUCAUCAGAGCUGUUCAGCAUCUAUGAUGAUGAAGAGUAUCCUUCUAGCAGCUACAUCUAACACCAGCAGCUCUCAGCUGGCAGCAUUACUGCAUCUUCAGAAUCAUUUAAAACAAAAGAGAAACACAAGUGAUCUUCUAAAAAAUGUGGAACAGCAACUGACUGCUACUUCAAUGGCAUGGAGAAAUCUCUGCAUUCCUGUUGAACAUUUUAAUAUAAUGGAUGAAUUGCCAUCUAAUUUCUACAUAAUUAUGCUCCAGCAUUCAGAAGACAGAUCAAAUUUGUACAGUUCAUUGAUUGAGAUGCCAAAAACUCCAACAGAGAAAAUAGAUGAUAAUGGACAUGAUUUGACAUCAGAUUUCUCUGAAAUAUUAGAAACUAUGGAAGAAUAUCUGAAACCGGUGCUGUCACAGUUUGAUUUUUCUAAUAUCAGAAAACAGAGCACAUCAGCUUCAGCGGCUGAAUCAGGAAAAGUAAAAGUGAAAGAUAAGGACACCAAACACACUAGAAUGCGGGGUACACCUAUGGAUUUAGGAUUGUGUGUGGUAUUACUAGCAGAUACAUUAUUUAUGGAAUUGCCUUUGGAAGCUCUGAGUAUCUUUAAAGAGGAAGGAAUAAGUUCUGUAUCCAGAGAUUUUUCUCUCCAGAUUCUCUACAAUCGAGUACAUCUGUCUGAAUCAGGAGCUUUAAGUCCUUCCCAAAAAAUAAAGGAAAUCCUAGAAAAAUACCAUGACCUAUUUACACUACAGUGGGAAGGAGUUAUUGGCAAUGUCCGUAUUCCAAGCCAAGCUGAAUGGGAGCAGCUGCUGACAAACUGCAGUGCAUUUCUGUUCUAUGGGAUGGAGAGAUUCAUGUCUCAUAUUUUACUCAACAGACUGGUUGCUAUGAACAUCCCAAUCCCUUCGCAUAUCUGGAGGAACCUCAAUUUCGGAGUUGUGCUGAAUUUGUCAGGGUAG